AUGUCUGACCCUGCUUUUACCGACCGCGACGCGUCUGGACAUCUUACCUCCCCGUUUUAUGGUUAUCUACCCACAGCGUGGGUCAACGAUCUCUUCCUGGUCUUGUUCGGACUAUCCACCAUUUUCCACCUCGUGCAAGCGAUCCGUACCCGUACGUGGUGGCUCCUUCCGACGGUCGUUCUCGCCGGCAGUGGCGAGUUCAUCGGCUGGGGCGCCCGUACUUGGUCUCACUACGCGCCGUUGAAUCACGACCCUUACCUCGCUCAGAUUAUUACUUUGAUCGUUUCUCCGACGCCGCUGAUUGGUGCUCUGUUCAUCACCUUCGGGCAACUUUCUUCCCGCCUUGGACACGAGUACAGUCGCCUCAGCCCUAGACUCUACUCCAAGAUUUUCUUCACAUGUGACAUCGUUGCUCUGCUCGUCCAAGCAGGAGGUGGAGGGAUUGCUUCAGGUUCUAGCGACGCAAGCGCCAAGCUGGGUAGCAACAUCAUGCUCGCUGGCAUCAUAUUCCAACUCGCCUCCCUGAGCGUCUUCUGCAUCCUGGUGGCAGAGUACUUGAUACGCCGCAUCCAAGACAAGCCGUUGAAGCGACGCACGAUUAACGACUCAGGCUCGGCCGAAACCUUUGUCUUUUCGUCUCGGAUGGGUCCAAUUCCGAAGCCAUUGCUGCAGCUGGCCUGUGGGCUCUGUGCCGAAGCUACGUUCUUGUAUAUCCGCGGCAUCUACCGGACCAUCGAGCUUGCGGACGGAUGGCAAGGGAAGAUCAUCCAAACACAGUCUUUGUUCAUCGUCUUUGACGGCGUCAUGGUCUUCCUGACGAUGUUCAGCUUGAACGUCUUCCAUCCUGGCCGACUACUGAAGGCCGCUGACUCCGAGUCGGGGGUAGAGAAAGACAUCAUUCCUAUGGGAACAAGGAGUCCCGUAGUAUGA